AUGCACACAUUGGUGUUCCUGAGCACGCGGCAGGUGCUCCAGUGCCAGCCAGCUGCCUGCCAGGCCCUGCCCCUGCUGCCACGUGAGCUCUUCCCACUACUGUUCAAGGUGGCCUUCAUGGACAAGAAGACAGCCGUGCUGCGUGAACUGGUACACACCUGGCCCUUUCCUCUGCUCAGCUUCCAGCAGCUGCUGCAGGAGUGUACCCACUGCAGCCGCGCCCUGCUGCAGGAGCGGCCUAGCACAGAGAGUGUGCAGGCUGUGAUCUUGGGGCUCACCGCCCGGCUGCACACACCGGAGGCCGAGGCCGACAGUGGCACACAGCCCCUCUGCAGGAAGCAUGUGUUGCGUGUGCUGGACAUGACUGGUCUCCUGGAUGAUGGUGUGGAGCAGGACCCUGGCACCAUGAGCAUGUGGGACUGCACUGCGGCCGUGGCCCGCACCUGCAUUGCCCAGCAGCAGGGGGGUGCUGCGGAGCCUGGGCUGGCGCCUGCCCCCGUAGAGGUUCGUGUGGACCUGCGCGUGAACCGGGCCUCCUACGCCUUCCUACGGGAGGCACUCCGAAGCAGUGUGGGUAGCCCGCUGCGCCUCUGCUGCCGCGACCUGCGGGCUGAGGACCUGCCCAUGCGCAACACGGUGGCCCUGCUGCAGCUCUUGGAUGCAGGCUGCCUUCGCCGUGUGGACCUGCGCUUCAACAACCUGGGGCUGCGUGGCCUGUCCGUCAUCAUCCCACAUGUGGCCCGCUUCCAGCACCUGGCCAGCCUGCGUCUGCACUAUGUGCAUGGAGACUCGCGGCAGCCCUCCGUGGAUGGCGAGGACAACUUCCGCUAUUUCCUGGCCCAGAUGGGGCGCUUCACUUGUCUGCGGGAGCUCAGCGUGGGCUCCUCUCUACUUUCGGGCCGGCUGGAUCAGCUGCUCAGCACCCUGCAAAGCCCGCUGGAGAGCCUGGAGCUGGCCUUCUGUGCCCUGCUGCCUGAGGACCUGCGCUUUCUGGCCCGGAGUCCACACGCCGCACACCUCAAGAAGCUGGACCUGAGCGGCAAUGACCUGUCUGGCAAUCAGCUGGUGCCCUUCCAGGGCCUUUUGCAGGCAGCGGCAGCCACGCUGCUGCACCUGGAGCUGACUGAGUGCCAGCUGGCUGACACCCAGCUGCUAGCCACGCUGCCCACCCUGACUCGCUGCACCGGCCUCCGCUACCUCGGUCUCUAUGGCAACCCGCUGUCUAUGGCAGGCCUCAAGGAGCUGCUGCGGGACUCAGCAGCCCAGGCUGAGCUGCGCACCGUGGUGCACCCCUUCCCUGUGGAUUGCUACGAGGGCCUACCCUGGCCACCGCCCGCCUCCGUCUUGCUGGAGGCUUCUAUCAAUGAGGAGAAGUUUGCCCGCGUGGAGGCCGAACUGCACCAGCUCCUUCUGGCCUCAGGCCGUGCUCAUGUGCUCUGGACCACGGACAUCUACGGGCGCCUGGCUGCAGACUACUUCAGCCUGUGACUGCCAGACUUGGGUACAGGUGGCCAUCCUGAGAUCAGGGGCAGGCAGAGCCGUUGCCGGGACCCUGCUGAGGUCUCGAGGACCCACUCAAAGGUACUUGUCUCAGGUUUCCUGCAGGUUCCUGCUACCCUUUCCACAGGGUCUGUCUUGCUCCUGUCCCGCCUGCAGCAUUCCACAUGGUGUGGCCCCGACCUACUCCCAGACUGUGGCUGACCUGACCACCCCUGGGCCCGAGGCCUGCAGGAGCCCUGCCAGUUGGCUGCACUUGCCAGGGCCCUCCUGGGUUAUGGCCUUUUCCACAGAAUAUUCCUAGGGUCCCAGCUGUAAACUUCCUAGGUUUUCUCUCUAGGCCUUUCCCACCCCCUUCCCAAGAACCAAGUGCCCUGGGGGUGAAGUUGGAGGAGGUGUCUGUUCCAGGGGAGGGGAGGGUCUCCUGCACUCUGCGUUCUCCCCACCCAGCACCCAGGAGACACCUGUCCUGCACCACUUCAGCACUUGGGCCUGGGUGGAGGAGUGUCAAUAAGGUGCAGAAUGUGCAGUGUGUUUGGAACUUGA